AUGAUUACAAUCGUUGCCAUUCUUCAGGCAAUCAACGUGUUGCUCGUGGUUCAGUCAUCAUCUGGACUGCAAAAUCAAAAGACGGACUCGAAAUAUCCGGAUGGGACUUUUAAUAAUGUACCAAUAUAUCUCCGCAAGUCUGCUGAUUUCCAUUCCUCCGCCCAUUGCAUUGGAGAAACACACAAUCCGGAUACCGCGUGGAUGUACCGGUCCUGUCACUUCAAGAAUUUGUGUUUCGACACCAGCACCAAAGACUUUUUUCUUGUCAAGGGUCCAACAGAAAAAGAUUUUCAACAACGCCGGAAGCAUUAUCCUCCAUCUUUUAUUUCAACAUCAACAAUUCCAAAUGACUUGACUCUAGCUCUGGGGGGCAUCAACCCACGAUGGAAUGGAACAGAUUUCAAUCAAGGCAUCCACAAGGUCAAAUGGUCUCCCAAGAUUGUAGAUGCACCACCGAAAGACUACUAUAUGCUACCCGAUAACGCCGUCUUUGUGCCAUUUCAUUCGCUUGCGGCCCACAACGUCGGGCACUUACUCUGGGAUGACUUAUAUGCGAUUUACUUGCUGCUGAGUGACUUUGGUUUCUUGGCGUCUGAAAAGGUUCUAUUGAGAGUCGACACCCUUCCUCUCUUGUACGGUACCUGUGAAAUGAGACGAAAAAAGGCUCAACGAUGCGCCCAGAAUUAUGAGAAAUUCCUACCGCUCAUGGGCAUCGACCCAUCGACUUUUUCCACUGCCAAGCAUGCCAAACAGAGCCCAGCAUCGCCAACCAUAAUCUGCGCCAAGACGGCAGUUGCUGGAUUGGGCAUGCUUUCCGACCAUGGCCUCAAGGACCAUGGAUGGAAUCCAACCGUUGACGGCCCUGUACAAAAUGUCGGAAGAGGGUCCAUGCUCUAUCAAUUCCGAAAUUUUAUGCUUCACAACCUGGGCUUCCCACUGAUACCGUCCGGGAACAAUCCGUUCCGUAUUUUGCUAAGCGCCCAUUCGUCGGGUGAACCGGAACGUGACUUGGAUUUCCAGGCACAGCACCAACGACUACAUUCUGCUUUUCCAUCAGCAGACGUGCAAAUUGUUGAAUUUGCCCAAAUGUCUCUCAUGGACCAGAUAUCGUUGACAAGUCAAUCGAAUGUUUUCGUAUCGACCUGCGGAGGUGGGGCAAUGACAGCCACCUUUCUUCCACGGGGAGCAAGUCUGAUCCUCUUGUACAGUGAGCAAGGAGGGUUUGAUUUUGCUAGCUUUAAUCUGACUGGCGGGCCAGCCUAUUUGGAUUCCGAUCUGUUUAACAAUGCGGGGUAUCUUCAAGUUCAUUGGAUCCCGAUUGGUACAAUCAACACAGUACACGGUUUAGAUUCUUUGGAGUAUCUGAUACGGCAUGAAAUGGAUGUAGCAGCUAAUGGAAUAUGA